GCUUUCCGUCUCGGCCGAGUACAUCUUCAGCCAGACUGGCCACCGCCUCAAUCUUUGCCACCAAAUGGUGAGUUUUUUCCCGACUCAACUUAUUCUUCUAAAAGCAACAACCUACAGGAGCCAUCUAAUCAGCGACAACCCCCAGCAUCAGUUCGCAACGGUAUUGGUAGUCGUAGAGGCUAUCCGAGGAAACGAAAAGCUGUUCUAUCCUCCCGUGAUGAUCGUGAAUUUGGUAAUAGAACUAGGACCACCGAUCACGACGGUAGCAACGUUAUUAAUGAGGAAAAUAGUAUUCAUAAACCCGGUGGCUCAGGUACUGGCGGUGGAUUGAUUCCUGUUAAAGAGGGUGAAUCUCAGAACUUGCUUAUUCGAAAAGGUUCUGAGAAUCGAGGUUCUUUGAAUGGCUGUACAUCUGGCGUCAGCAAUUCGCAACUCCGCGGGGAAACAAGUCGGCAGAUUCUCGACUUUAGUGAGCCUUUGAACUCCUUAAAUGUUGCACGACACAAGGGUCCACACAAAUCACUUGGUCAUCGAGAUGUGAUUACCAAGAUUCUGCGCCCUCUGGUUUUAUCUCAGUCCAUUUUCAAUGCAUAUAAAUUUCAAGAAUGGGGUCAAACUAUUUCUAAUGCACUCCAGAUUGCAGGUUACGCUUCUGCUAAACAUGUUAUCAAUAUUGGAGGUUUUAUUCUCAGAACAGCUUUUGCAAUAUGA